AUGCGCUCCGCCUCCUCCUCGUCUGUUUCUAGCCCGGCUGUCCCUGGUUCGCUAGCCGGAUUCGCGACGAACGACUCUCCCCACUCAAUCUUGUCGCCUGCCAAGCAGCCAGCCGGCGCUCCCUCGGGCGCCAACUACUUUUCGUGGCGCGACAUCACUUACGAUGUAGUCCUCUCCAAGGCGCGUCGCAAUGAGAUCAAGAAGAAGGGUGCUACCUCGUCUGCCCCGUCUUCCGCAUCUCAGCCCGCAGCUCAAGAAUCAGUCACGCAAGAGAAAAUGUCAGACGCAGAACGAGGCAUCCCACCUCCCUUCCCAGAUGCUGACGACAGCGAGGACGAAGAAGCGCUCGCAGAGUAUAACCAAGUCUUUCUCCACCUCCCACCACUCGACCCGAUGAGGCGACGCGUGCUCAACGGUGUCAGCGGACACGUCAAGAAGGGUGAGAUGGUCGCCAUCCUCGGUGCUUCGGGCGCCGGUAAGACGUCGCUCCUCUCGGUUCUCUCGGCACGUCUCGACAAGUCCUCUGACAUCGCAGGUCAAGUGCUCUUCCAGGGCAAGCAGCGCGACCCGGCCACAUGGAAACGCCUGACCGGUUUCGUCGAGCAGGACGAUCUCAUGUUUAGCGCGCUCACUGUCCAGGAGACUCUGCAGUACUCGGCCGACCUGCGCCUGCCCAACCGACUGUACAACAAGCACGAGCGUCAACAACGCGUCCAGGACAGCAUCGCCAUGCUCCGGCUCGAAAAAUGCAGAGACACUCGCAUCGGCGGUCCCAACCAGCGCGGUGUGUCGGGUGGUGAGCGCAAGCGCGUCGCUGUGGGCACCGAACUCGUCGCCGACGUCAGCGUGCUGCUCCUCGACGAGCCUACGAGAUCACGCGCGAACGCGACCUGUACACGCUCAUGA